AUGGCCAUGCGUGCCUUCCUUGGUCCUGGACUUGGCCCUAUCAUUGGAGUGCCGGAGUCACACCCUCAAACUCUGCUCAGUCGCAAAGCUCGUGAGCUCCGAAAGAGAACCGGAGUAGAGGGACUGUACACCGAACUCCAAAGGAAUAGGCUGCCAAGAUCUAGAACUUUCAUGGCUGCCGUUUGGAGGCCAUUGCGAUUGCUCGUCUUUGAACCGAUUGUUCUCCCUACUUCUCUGUUUGUCAGCUUCAUCUGGGGCAUCUUAUACCUCUAUCUCGUAGCGUACAUCGUUGCCUUUAGAACAAGAUAUGGCUGGGGAGAAGCUAAAGCGGGCGCAGCAUUCGGUGGUGUCACCAUAGGUAUCCUCCUUGCAGGAGGUAUGGCGGGUAUGGCAAACAAGAUUUUCGUCAGAUUGUCAGAAAAACAUGGCAAUAAUGGGCCAUUCCCCGAAGGCCGUCUUCCCCCAGCCAUGCUAGCGGCAGUCCUUGCUCCUGCCAGUAUGUUCUGGCUUGCAUGGACUGUAUUUACACACAUUCAUUGGGCAGUUCCAGUUGCAUCUGGUAUCCCCUUUGGCUGGUGUAUCGUGAUGUUGUUUAUUUCGUUCGCCACGUACACCUCCGACUCGUUCCCACAUAUCGCAGCGUCGGUCGGGGCUGCUAGUUCUCUCCUUAGAUGUCUAUUUGCCAUGAGCUUCCCGCUUGUGACGCCAAAGCUUUACGAAAAGUUCGAACCUGAGUGGGCGGAGACCAUCCUUGCUUCCAUCACUCUCCUGUUCAUCCCUGUCCCUUUCUUAUUCUGGAGAUACGGCCCUUGGUUGAGGAGCAAGAGCAGGUUUCGGUCCAAGUUUCUUUAA